AUGGUGGGUGGAUUACCACAUUCAAAACUAUGGGAGAUCGAGUACAACGAUUUGGUAUUUAAGGAGAUCAUUGGCAAAGGUAAUUUCGGACAUGUCUAUCGUGGAAGUUAUUUGGGUGUGGAGGUGGCAAUCAAGCAGAUUCCAGCGUUUGACGACCCCGACUACUGCAAGUAUACAGAGCGUGAAGUGAAGGCACUCCGCUAUAUCCGUCAUCCUCACGUCGUCCAUUUCUUUGGAACCUGUCAUCACACCAGUGGAUUCUAUUUGAUAACGGAGUUUGUCGAUGGACCCGAUCUCCGUUUGUUUGUCAAGGAGACACCGAAGCCACCUCGUUGGCAAGUGCGUGUACAGCUGGCUCUGUCGAUUGCACGAACCUGCUUCUUCCUACACUCCAAAAAUAUAUUGCAUCGCGAUUUGAAAACAAAGAACGUUUUGGUGUUGCCGAAUCUACAGAAUACCAAACUUUGUGAUUUCGGAUUUGCGCGUGUUGGAUCGCAGUAUUCGCCGGGCACCGACAGCAGCAGUAGCGAUGAAGAAUACUCUGACGACAAUGCCAAUGAUAGCACACCGUAUGGCGGCAACGGCAAUGGAACUGCCGCCACUGGAAAGCUGAGACGUAUGUCGAUCUGUGGAACACCAUCGUUUAUGGCACCGGAGAUUCUACUGCAAAAGAAAUACGAUUGGAGUGUCGAUGUAUUCUCCUAUGGCAUUAUCUUGGCGGAACUCAUUACAUUCCGUAGACCUGGAAAAGACUUUUGGGUUCGUAAUUCAACCAAUGGAUUCGAUAUCAAUGUUGAGGAGCUCAAAGAGAAUAUUCCGGCACCCAACGAUUGUCCGACUGUGUUUUUCGAUCUUUGUUUGAAAUGCUGCCAGUAUUUGCCUCAGAAUCGUCCACGAUUCUCUGAUAUCAUACAUAUUUUAGAGGCGUUGAUGGAGACACUGGAAACCAGUGUAGGAACCAACCACUCCAACUCUAACGGUUUGAUGACUAAUGCCAAUGGAUUGUCGGCGAGCAACGAUAUGUCACUAAACUCAAUGGAUCCAGCAAUUCAAAAUGUCUAUCCAAUUACACUGUUCAAAGAUCGAAAGAGACAGAGUCUCGGUGGUCAACUGGCAACCAAAUUGAAUGUACUCAGAACCUCAAACUCUCAGAAUGUUACAAACAAUGCAUCCAAUGGCAGCAACAACAGCAAUAUCUCUGGAUUGAACCAACAACAAACCGAACGAGAAGGUGUACUCAAACUCUCAACAACUCAAUAUAUAAAUGGUUGGAAAGAGUUUGGAAUUGAAGGAUAUGCUAAAGUUUGGAUUGUUUAUCAAUCAAAUAUGAUAAGAAUAUUACAUGAUAAGAAAUCAAGAAAUAUGACACAAUUAAUUGAAGUUACACCAGCUAAAGUUAUAAAGAUAUCAAAGAACUCUUUGAGCAUUAUGUUUUCAGAUCCAAACAUUGUCAAUGGUACACCUAUUCUCAAUGUUAAACCAUAUUAUGAGAUGUAUCCUCAUAUCCAAUAUAUUCCAACUUCAGAGAUGAAACGAUCCGCUUCUUUGAUGACCGGUGGAUUGAAUAUUUCGUUGGACGACAAGAUGUUCUGGAAGGAGAAUACCGAUCUCGUAAUCAGACUGCAAUCGUAUGCGAAACGCUGGAUUUUCAGAACUAGAUACAAUCGAUUCCGAAGUAGCUGGCGAUUGCCAUUGCAGUUGACUGGUGCACCGUCGUUGCCAUCAUCUCCGGCAGCCGACGAGAAUCAACAACAGCUGCAGCUACUGACAACCAAGAAAACCUGGAUCGGUAUUGUCGAUCAACUUAUCAGCUCGGAGCAUCAGUAUCGUAAACAGCUGGAUUGUCUUCUCAAGAAUUAUCUUGCACCGUUGCAAUCGAAAUUCCGUAUGAACAAACCAUUGUUGAACUACAAAGAGAUUGCAUCGAUCUUUUCAAACAUUGAAACAAUCUCGGAUCUCCACCAAAUGCUUCUCUCCACUCUCAAAUAUUUCCAGACACUCUCACCCUUCUACACGACAGCAUCGUCUCAACCAUAUAAAAACAGCUCAUCCAUAUUAUCACAAAGUCAAUCUCAAUCUCAAAAUCAAAUUCAAAUUCAACCAAAUUCAACCAGCAAUAAUAACAAAGGUAAUAAUAAUAACAACAAUAACAAUAGCAAGAAUAAUAAUGAAUUAAAUACAACAUUGGCAUCAAGACAAUAUCAAUCUAUAUCACAAUUUUUCAUUGUGAAUAAUACACAGAUGAAAACAAUCUAUGGUAAAUAUAUGUAUAACUUUAAGUAUGCAAUGAAUACUCUUAGUUGGUGCAAGUUGAAUCCAGAUUUCUCCAAAUUCACUGGACAGCAAGCUGCACUCUCCAAUGAGAUAGAGAAUGACUUGACUUCACUGCUCUCAGUGCCAAUCAAUCGAAUUCAAAAGUACCAAUUGCUCUUUGAGAAUCUCAACAAGUGUACACCAUCGGAUCAUCCAGAGAGUCGUGACAUUGCCUCUGCCUUUUCACUCAUCAAAGACAUCUCCAAUUUCCUUCAGAAUCAGCUGGAGAUGUCCAUUCACUACAGCAAUUUGAUGUCGAUCGAAACGAUGCUGCUCGACGACAACAAGCGAAUCUCACUCAUGAAGAGUGGACGUACCUUUGUCAAACAGGGUGCACUCGAAGAGACUGGAAACAAACAGAAAUACUAUUUGUUCUUGUUGUCCGAUUUACUGCUACUGACAAAACCAGUAAAAUCAAAGUGUAGCACAAAGUUGGAUACAAAUAUUGGUGGUAGCGGUGUUGGUGUUGGUGGUGGUGUCAAUGGAAACAAUGAAAACUGCCAACAAACCAACAUGAAGUAUUACUAUCGUGAGAAAUACUCGCUAUCGUUGAAGGAUCCCGAUGUCAGUGUGAAAUUCAACUCUGACGUACCGAAUGGAUUGAUAAUCAAUCUUGGCUCGCAGAACAACGGUAAGCUCUACAAGUUUGUGGCGGCCAGCGAAGAAGAAGCCAAUGAAUGGGUCGGUGAAUUCGAGCGUGCAGCAACCAAUCUCAGUAAAUCUCCAUUGGUACCUAAUAAUACUACAACCACAACCAACAAUACAACUGCAACCAAUUCAUUCUCUGAGAGUGACGGUUAUCCAUCUCCCUACUCUUCAUCACCCGCUUCACUCAAUGGAAUGGAAGCCACCUUUGAUCCCAACUCCAAUGCAUUUGAUCUUGGAAAAGAUCAACAGCAGCCCGAGAAGAAAGAUAACUUUAUUAAACGUCUACGUCAAAAGAGUGUAUCUUCAGGAACAAACAAUAGUAAUAAUAAUACCAUUAACAAUACACCAACUAGUAAUAACAACAAUUCACCAGAUUCAAGAAGAGAUUCAUUUAGUUCACCUUAUCCACCAAGUUUCAAUCUCAAUAGCAACGUUAUGAAUACACCAAAUUCAUCGUCAUCGUUGAUGCCACCUCCAUCGACACCGUCCAGCGAGAAGAAGAGAUUCUCCACCAUCAAAAACAAACUCAAAAGAAUCAGUGUAAAUUUCACAGGUAGUGAUAAAUUAAAAAUCAAAGAAUACGAUAGAGAUAGUAGCAUAGAGAAUUAA